UUAAAGGAGAGCCGGCGGAGAACUCAGGCAGGACGCAGCAGCACCAGCACCAGCAGCAGCAGACUUCAGCACCAAGGACAGCGCAACAUAAAAAGCUCGCAGCGGACAUCAUGGUUCUCAUCUGGACUCAGUUCGGCGUUAAGCACAAAAAUGUCAACGUCAAGUGCAAAGUGCGAGUAAUGCACAGAGGAGACAGCUCGGGCUCUUCGUCGUCAGCGGAAAGCACCAAGUCUGAGCCGGACACGCCCUGCCUGGCCAUCAAGCCCACAGGCAAAGACUUCUACAAAGUCCUGGGUGUCAUCCCUGAAUCCAAUGAAGAUGAGAUCAAGAAGGCCUACAGGAAGAUGGCUCUCAAGUUCCACCCGGACAAGAACAGCGAUGCCGAUGCCGAGGACAAGUUUAAAGAGAUCGCGGAAGCCUACGAGAUCCUGACUGACCCGAAAAGGAGAAGCAUCUAUGACCAGUUUGGAGAAGAAGGUCUUAAAAGCGGAGCGUCAACGGCGGGCCAAGGCAACGUCUCUCGCCACAACUUCCACACCGAUCCCCACGCCACCUUCUCCUCCUUCUUCCACGGCUCCGACCACUUCGACAUCUUCUUUGGCAACGACAACGACAGCGAAGAAGAGCUCUUCAACCCCUUCAGGCGGUUCCCCUUCAGCCACGUGGGCGGGAUCCCCGACGGCGGCGGCCUGCGAAGAGGCCAGCGGCGGCUGCAGGGCGACGAGGUGGUGCACGACCUGCUGGUGACCCUGGACGAGGUGAUGCAGGGCUGCACCAAGCACGUGAAGAUCACCCGCAGCCGCCUCCACCCCGACGGGCGCAGCCUGCGCUCCGAGGAGAAGGUGCUGAACGUGGUGGUGAAAAAAGGCUGGAAGGCGGGGACCAAGAUCACCUUCCCCAGGGAGGGGGACGAGACGCCCAACAACACCCCCGCUGACAUCACCUUCAUCCUCAGGGACAAAGAGCACGCCCAGUACAAGAGGGACGGCUCCAACAUCGUCUACACCGCCACGAUCACCCUGAAAGAGGCUCUCUGUGGCUGCACGGUUAACGUUCCGACACUUGACAACCGGAUGAUGCCUCUGCCGUGCAGCGACGUCAUCAAACCGGGGGCCGUCCGGCGGCUCCGGGGCGAAGGUCUGCCGAUGCCCAAGAGCCCGUCCCAGCGGGGAGACCUGGUGGUGGAGUUCCAGGUGCUCUUCCCCGACAGGAUCCCGCCGCAGUCUCGCGAGAUCAUCAAGCACAGCCUGGCCCAGUGCUAGCCUGCUUUUACAUUCAGCGACCUGAUCGACACAGCUUCACCACGCGUGUGUUUGUUGUUGUUAUUAUCGAUCGACGGACACAGCCUUGCCCGGGGUGCUAGUUUCACGACACAAUCACAACCUCUUUAUUGUGUUUUCGAAAAUGGCGCUCAAGCGAGUUGUAGUUCGGGGAGGGAGACGACUUUCUGCAGGCACGAGUACGAUGCUACAGGAGCAGUUAGUUAAGAUCUGAUGAAUGGGGGUCUUUAGUAUCUGAGGGCGUCCAUUGACUCAGCAGCCUUUCUCUUGAACGAAAAGGUUAUGUGCACUGUUGUACUUGCAAACUCCAUAUAGCAGGAUAUCAGCGUGCGUUCAAGUCUGUGUAGACUUCUUUAAACCUGUGGUAGAAACACAUGAUGAAAAAAAACAACAACUUUACUAUGGUUAUAUGGUGCUCAUAUGACUGAUCUUUUGCAUUGAAUUAUUACAAUAGCAAAAUAUACUUGUGUACAAGGAUCUACUUUGUGUACAAAAUGCAAAAAUGUUGUCUCUAAAAGAGAUUCCUCUGUCAAAUGUUCUAUUGAAUUAUUUGAAAUGUUUGUAUAUUUCCUGCGACGGCUGCCAGCAGUUGAUGUAUCAAUACCUGAUAUAGACAUGUUCGGUAGCGUGAAAAUAAAAAAUAAAAUCAUUUAAAAAAAACAC